GUGAUGCUCGUCCCGGCAAGUCACACCGUGAAUGGGUUGUGAGCGCGUGCGCGUCUUACUUUAAGCAGGCAGUCUGUGGCCGGACGGACGCGACGCGACGACGGGCGUCAGUGAGAUUGUGAUGCGUGUGGUGCCGACGUGAGUUGUGUGGUUGAAGAUCAGUAUUUGGAGUCAAAGUCGUGAGUCACCGGUGAACGGUGUUUCGAAAGCUGUGUGGCUGGCUGUCUGUGGUGAUAAUUGCUCAUCGGCACUUAUCGCUGGUCGAAGCAAUCGAAGCGCGUCACUCGCUAGCUGGCUUACUUUGAUAAGCUGUUUGGUUGGCCUUGACAAUCGCGCACAGGAGGCGUUGCUUUAGUUCAGUUUAGUUUUUGCAUUAAGUUUGAAGUGAGUGAGAGGCUGAUCCAAGCAGCGCUCUAGUGUUGUCGUGAUUUCUGGUCCGAGGUAUUCGCUGGUCCCCCCACAAUCCGUCUACAAUCCUGCGUUAAAUAUAAAUGCUGUGACCCCCGGGCGGUGGAACACACGUAUACAGACGCCCAGCGACACAGAAUGGUAGUGUUUGCAUUCGCCAAACGUCGUCAUUUGUGGUUUGCAUUGAAGUAAACAACUGCAUCGCGAGAGUGCACCGGAUAGCAAUCGGAUUGUGCGAACUGUCGGCGUCUCACUCCAUGGAGCUGCCGUCUGCGAGUUCGCCAGGUUCAUCACCAUUGCAGACACACUCGUCUGCAGCAGCAGCAGCAGCAGCAGCAUCGUCACGGUCACGGUGUCAUCCGGUCAUAUGUGGCGACGUGAUGCGGCUCGAAACGAUCCGCGAACGCAACAGUGCCUACAGUGAGGAUGGCGGCGAGUUCAUUGAUCUACCGCUACCACCGGUACCGCCACCGAUACAGAAGCCGGCGCUUCCUCCACCGCGCCGAAUUCACGGCGCAGCACCACCAGCACCGGAGGAACUCGUGGAACCAGCCGUUUGCAAGCAGCCGAUGGGCUACGAUGGGCUGAUGUCGAGGGCAGCCAACGACUACCUCUGUUCCCGGUUGCGUGACUUCGAGGAAGAGGACGGUCCCAUCGGGAACGGGUUCAUCGGUGAAGGGGAUUGCGUCGAGGAGAUCAUUCUCAAACCGACCAUCAGCGAUGAUGACGAUGGUACCCGUGGAGGUAGAACCUUCCCUGAACAGGAGGAUGGCCUGAAAUCGAUCGAUAGUAGCCGCUCGAACACGUUACGCAAGAGCUCCUGGAGCGUAACGUCAACGGCAUCGACGGGAGAGGGUGCUGGCGACGGUGACGAUGGUUACCGCUACCGCUACGCUGAUGAAAGUGGCAGCGACGACGAGGAAGAUGACGGGGAAGACGGGGAACGAUUGUCGGGAUAUCGUGACAAGUCUCCAUUUCUGCGAUCGAUUUCGCAAUCUCCGGUUGAACGGCGUUACCAGCGGAGGCAGCAGACGGCAACGGUCGCUGCGUCACACCACCAUCGGCGCCGGAAGCCACCAUCAUCGUCCGGUCCAUCCGGUCAUCCGGCAGAGCCAAGCUCUAGUAGCGGUGGUGGCAGUAGCAGCGGUCAGCGAAGACACCGACGAUCACGUUCUGGCGAACAGCAGCAGGAGUGCGAAGCAGAUGAUUCGACCUGUUGCGAUGAUGAUUUCACCUGGGUGCGCACCCAGGGCAGAGGGGAAGCACCGAAGGCUUCCGUUGAGUCUGAUCGCCGAUCCUCGUCGCGCGCCACAACGGCAGCCCGAUCGGUUGCCCGUGAUCAGCAUCAACGCGCUGGAUCAGUAGCCCUGACGCAAUCGGCAGCCCAGUCGCUGCAAAGGCAAACCAGUGCGGAUGCCGCCGGACCGAGCAGUGGUCCCAGCGGUAAACCACCGAGGCCUGCACGCGAGACGGGCGGUAGUCUCGAUCGGAGACGACAUCUUAGCUCUUCGAGCCGGCACGAGCGGGACAGCAAAAGCCGCAGCACUCACUCGCUGAAGGAGAAAUCCUCUUCGUCCGAGUUUCCGAAACACGAAUCAAUGUCCAGUAAUGUUAGUUUGAACUCCAAAGAGCAUCACCAUGAUUCGGGCAGCUACAACCAUUACAAUAGUAGCGGCAGUGGCAGCCAGCAUCAUCAUCCGACGCACCGACCUCAGCCCACACGCAGCCAAAGACAGAGUCCCAGCAUUUGGGAGCCACCACCUCCGCCGCCGUUGUCUCACUGGGAUCCUCAUUACUACUGGGGUUACCAGCACCAUCAACAGCACCAAAGCAGAGAAGAGCUCCGGCUGAUCGACCACUAUCAUCGACGGCAGCAGGAGCUGUAUCGUUAUGGCAGUAGCAGUGCCCUCGGUAGUAGCCAGGAUUUAUCGUGCGCUGGUGGCGGAUGCUGCAAUCGUAACUACUACCCUCCUCCCCCUCCCUUACCAGCGCCAGGUAGCUGCUGCUCAUGCGAUCAUCAUCGUUCGCAUUGGAACACGGAUGGACAGCGCCAGGAUACGGACGAGCGGCUGCGGCGCCUGCAAACUGAUAA